GAGAGCCCAGAACACUAGUUCAUGGCCUCCAACGCCCUUCCUCUCUUCCCCUGCCGCUUUCCGUCCAUUCUCCGACGUAAUUUGACUUCGUGUUUCUCCAUUAUUCCAUCUAGGAUGACUAGAAGGUUAGCCGUCUCCACACGCCACACCAUGUCUGGCAUGACCGGAACCGGGGAGAACCAGAGCCAGCCUUUGGAGGAAGAGCGUGUGAGCUUAAAGCAUUUUUUUCAGCAAGCCAAGGAUCUCGUCUCAUCGGACAUCGGACCACCUCACUGGUUCUCGCCUUUAGACUCCGGUCACCCCUUACAUGAUUCCCCCCUGCUUCUCUUUUUGCCGGGAAUUGAUGGCACUGGACUUGGGCUUAUAAUGCAUCAUAAGAAACUUGGAAAGAUUUUUGAGGUCUUGUGCUUGCAUAUUCCUCCCAAGGAUCGAACACCAUUUACAGACCUAGUGAAGCUGGUUGAGAGAAAAAUUCGGUCAGAGCAUCAUUUCUCACCUAAUAGACCAAUAUAUCUUGUUGGAGAAUCUGUUGGAGCAUGCCUUGCACUAUCUGUGGCAUCCCUUAACCCUGAUAUCGACCUUGUUCUACUUUUAGCAAAUCCUGCAACGUCCUUCGGCAGGUCACCACUUCAACCCAUAUUACCUUUACUGCAGUUCAUGUCCGAGUUAUUAUCCAAUCUUAGUCUUCCUCAUGUACUGAGUUCAAUGGCAGGUGCGAUGAUGGCUGAUUUAGAGAAGGGCGUUGAAAGGCUAUCGCGGGAUCUUGUUGCACCAUCAAUAACUUACCUCUCUGUUGUUGCUGAUAUCUUACCCAUAGAAACACUUCUGUGGAAGCUACAAAUAAUUAAUUCAGCUUCUUCGUAUGCCAAUUCACGCCUCCAUGCUGUAAAAGCUCAAACCCUGAUACUUGCCAGUGGAAGAGAUCCAUUGCUACCUAAUCAAGAAGAAGGUCUGAGACUCCAACGGCUGCUUGCAAAUUGUGAGAUCCGUACAUUUGAAGACUCUGGCCAUUUCCUCUUCUUGGAAGAUGCUUUUGAUUUGGUAACUGUCAUCAAGCAGGUUGGUGUCUAUCGUCGUUUAAAAGAACGAGAUUUUGUUCUAGAUUACAUACCACCAUCACCUUCUGAAUUAAAAGAUGUACUGGACAGAUACAAAUGGAUUAGCAUAAUUAUGAGCCCAGUGAUGCUCUCAACUUUAGCAGAUGGGAAGAUAGUGAGGGGCUUUGCUGGGAUUCCUUCAGAGGGUCCUGUAGUGUAUGUCGGUUAUCACAUGUUACUGGGAUUUGAUACCUUUCCACUGGUAAAAGGGUUGUUGGAACUAAAAGACAUCCAUCUGCGAGGGAUAGCACAUCCAAUGAUGUUUAUGAAAUUGAAACAAGAAAAUUUAAUUGAGUUGCCAUUUUCCGAUGAUUUCAGACUUAUGGGUGCUGUUCCUGUCUCGGGAAAAUGCUUUUUCAAGCUACUCUCUGCAAAGUCUCAUAUCCUACUCUAUCCUGGUGGAGUGCGUGUGGCUCUUCACAGGAAGGGGGAAGCAUAUAAGCUAUUUUGGCCUGAACAGUCAGAGUUUGUGAGGAUGGCAGCUAGAUUUGGAGCCAAAAUCAUACCCUUUGGUGCUGUUGGAGAAGAUGACUGUGGUGACGUAUUAUUUGAUUAUGAAGAUCAGAUGAAAGUUCCUUUCCUCAGGAAAUAUAUAGAAGAAAUAUCGGAUGAAGAUGGAAAACUGAGGGCUACCAUUGAUGGGGAAGUAGGAAACCAAGCUGUACACUACCCAGGAAUUCUACCGAAAUUUCCUGGCCGGUUUUAUUAUUGUUUUGGGAAACCAAUUGAAACAGAAGGGAGGAACCAGGAAUUACGAGACAGGGAGAAGGCUCAGGAAUUGUCACGCCCCGAAUUUUAAAUACAAUUAAAAUCCGAAA